AUGACUGGCACUAUCUCCCUCUUCGCGGCUGUAUUCUUCUUCAUCCUUUAUGUAGUGGUCUGGUCUUUGUGCCUGCUCGGAUGGAGGACAGCCCGCAUACGAUAUGCUCAUCCUACUCUGCCAUCUCGAAUAUCCUCACUCUCUCCUUCUUCCGCUCCUGGAGUAACAAUCAUUCGACCAUUAUGCGGAUUAGACCAAAACCUGUAUAAUACCUUGGAGAGCUGUAUGAAGCUUGAUUAUCCCAAAUUCGAAGUGAUAUUUGCACUUCAAGACGAAAAUGACGAAGCAUUACCUGUAGUUAGGAUGAUCAUGGAGAAGUAUCCCGAAGUCAAUGCUAGAAUCAUUAUAGAUGGUACCAGAAUUGGAGUAAAUCCCAAAGUCAACAACCUUCUUCGUCCCUUCCAAGAAGCAAGCUAUGACCUUCUAUGGGUGAUAGAUUCAACGAUAUCAGUGACGCCAGGUACACUCGGUAGAGCAGUCGAAGCGUUCUUGUCCAAUCAUGACGUGAGGAAGCCACCUAUGUCAGGGGAAGUAGGAUUGGUUCAUCAGGUUCCCAUCGCACUAUGUUAUCAAAAGACAUGGGGAAGUCUGAUCGAACAGGCUUAUCUCAAUACCACACAUGCUAAGAUGUACCUUGCUAUCAAUGCAGUCGCAGUCGAUUCAUGCGUUGUUGGAAAAUCCAAUUUGUAUUCCCGAAGCUCGAUAUCCCAACUUACAACACCUUCACCAUCUCUCCGUCAACUACCAAAUCCUCCUACAGGUUUAGCAGGAUAUAGCCCUUUUUUAGCUGAAGAUAACAUGAUAGCUCUCGGUCUAUGGCAUCAACUCAAUCUUAAACACGCUAUGACCCCUGAUGUCGCAUUGGAUUUUCUCGGUGCGUUAUCGGUAAAAGACUAUAUAGAUAGGAGAGUAAGGUGGUUAAGGGUUAGGAAGAAGAUGACACCGAUAAUUGCAACAUUGUUAGAACCAUUUACUGAAUCGCUAGUAGCUGGAUUAUACGGUUCAUGGGCUAUACAACGAUUACUCGGUGCCAAUAUCCCCGCUUUGUUUCUGGUUCAUCUCUUCAUAUGGUUGAUGGUGGAUCUGUCGACUAGAAGAUCGUUAGAAACCAAUGUUAGAUCGCUGAAACCGCCUUCCUCACAGGGCGUGUUUCUGUUGGCGUGGUUGGCGAGAGAAUGUCUGGCAUUGCCCAUUUGGUUGUUGGCUAUGACUAGUGAUGUGGUGGUGUGGAGAGGAAGGAGGUAUAAAAUCGUUUCGUCAGGUGAAGCUAUAAGGUUGGACGAUGAUCGAUAG